ACUGUUUACUUGAUAUUUUUUUUUGUGUUUUCCAUCCACGCGUAGGAUCUUAAAAACAUAUCAAUGUUUAUUAUCAUGUCGAAUAACGAUGAAAGCUAGGAUGUACAUGUACUUACACAAUAAUUCCUUCCAUUACUGCUCGAAGCUAUAAAUAGAAUGCACUUUAAUCAAUAUAUCUAGGAAUUGGGCAUGCGUGAUACGUGCCGUAUCAAAUAUCGGCGUCCACCGGGCAGGUAACGAUCCAGACUAGUCUGCCUGUUGAACUUGUAAACACAGGGGCUGUUCGAUAAGGUAACUCGCAGAUAGACAAAUCAAGUUUCAACAUUUUUGGUAGUAAGGUUUCAAAAUGACAGAUAUUGAUUGCCCUGAUUCCCCAUGGAGAACGAGCGGACUUUUGACAUUUGCCAUCGCUUGGAUAACAAUCAUAGACCCACUUUGGACAUCGAUGGACUUAAGUAACUUCCAAAUGUUUUUACCACCCUGGCCAGAAUUUAUAACAGUUUUAUUAUGGAGUGCACUAUACAUUGCAAGGAGAGUUAUUGGCCUACUUUGCACCAUCUAUAUACCAUGGUAUUUUAACUGCCAUUACUCUCUGCGACGCCAGUAUCAAAAGCUGCUGACCAAAGUUACUUGCGUUAUGUACCAUUACAAAGUCCCUAAACCAGUCCGAGAGAAAGUUCUUCAAUGCUACAAGCAGGCGUGGCUUGAGGACAAAAUCAUUUUUCCAAGCUCGAAGCUCGCACUGUACAUUUUGCCAAGAUCAUUGCGCGAAAUAUUGCUUGGAUGUAUCAAGAAGACUAUUUUGGAUAAGGUCAGAAUGUAUCAGCAGUGUUUUCUACUGGUCACAUCUUUGUCGUCAAAAGUACAAACUGAAACUUAUUCUCCUGGAGAUAUUGUUUGUCUGCAAGGUGCUUUGGCGGACAAGAUAUAUUUGGUUGGUAAAGGAGUGCUGGAGGCAGUCACCUUCACAGGCGAACGCUUGGAGAACAUGUCUUCUGGUGACAUCCUCGGCGAAAUUGGUGUUAUGCACAUAGGAGGAUUCAUUACACGAACUGCAACUGUGCGCGCUCUGAUCGACACCGAACUGUAUGCUAUCAGCAAGAAGGAUUACAACGACGUUAUCGACAAUUUCCCUGAAACUAAGAGAUUGAUCGCGAAUAUCGGCAAAAAGAGGCUGGAACGUUCACAUUACACGGCCCGUCGAGAAGCUUGUGGUUAAUGAAAUAUAAGGACGCGUCCCUUGCUCAAACUACAGAAAAUUGCGCAAAUCUGCUCAUGGAAAUAUAAUAAUAAUCCCAGUAUUAAGAAAAAAAAAUGUAGACCAUAGAUAUACAUAUAUGUAGACUUUAUGGUUUAUGGUCAUAUAUUACAUUUAGCGGUAAUAUGCUAAUUUCGUGAUCAUGUAACCGGUUAUAUAAGUAAUUAGGUAUAUGUACCUAAAUAAACAUAAUAAUAUUAUUGAUAUAUACCUGUUUAACCUGUAUGUCUAAUAUAAUAUGUUUUGAUUUUAUAUUAAGGAUAUUCUGAUAAUAUACCUACUUAUAUACUUACAUAUUUAUGAACAUGGAUUGAGAUUUAAACCUCAAUUUUCUUCAAAGUAAAGUAGUCUUCACUUCUAUUUAAAGUACACUUCAACUUCAAGUAGUCAAUGCUGUAGCAAUAGUAAGCAAGUUUUACAAAAAGUUGAACCUCCCACUCCCUUAUACAGUCAGUAAUUAAUAGUAGGAUUUAGAAUGACGACUGUAUAUUAGAUUCUCUUCAUAAUUAAAAAAAUCUGAUAUAUAUUUGGAUUGGCCUAUUCAUAUCCAUAUAUUCAAUGUUCAAAAAAAAAAAUCAAAUACUCGCGUACUUACCUAUAGCUUGGCAAGUACUUUGAUGUCACUCACAUGAUAUGCGAGCGACGGGGGAAAGGACAGCGCGGGUGUGAAGUCGUGCGCGUGGGACAUCGGGAGUGUUACGAACGAAUUUGCCAAGCUAUAAGAACUAUUUCGUGAAAAUCAGUUUCUUUUAAAAAAUUCGUACACAAAUCAAUAAAUCCCAAGUUUUGUAAGUUUAGGUAAUCUUAUAAAAAUCCUGUAUUGCAUGGGAUUAAGUUUUCGUAUUCUUAUAUAUUUUGUGGAACAGUGUUUCCCAAACUUUAGUUUAGAGUGCCAAAGAGUGAGAAUGAUAAGUGACAUGAAUUCGUUUCUGAUGGUAUUUUUUGUUAAUUUCAUUGCUAACAUUAUGUACGCAUUAUGUCAUUGUGUGCACAAUGUUUUUAACUAGAGUAGGCACUAAACGUACUCCGAUUAUAAAUGUUCGUAAGGAUUCCUCAGGGUAGGCAAUGCAUCUACGCAGGUAUGAGGCACGCCAAACAGUCGGUACGUAUACCUACAUGAUAUUCUAUACAAAUGUGUUGUGAAUACCUUCUAUAAUAUAUAUGAAUAAUUAAACAUUAGAAGAAUUAUUUUACUCGUAUUAUUUAUCUAAGUUUAUUUUUUUUUAAUUUUAAGUAAAUUAUUGUAUAUUUUUUCCUCUAAGGAUUAUGGAAUGGACCGAAUGUUAUAUAUAACUUGGUUUAUUUACAAAAAGUUGUAUUGCAGGUUUUAUUCACAUUUUAAUAUACAUAUUGUAAUAUGUGUAUAUAUACAGGGUAUAUGUAUGUAUAUGAUAAUAAUAAAAUUUUAUAUAUUUAUGAUAAUUAUUUAUUUUUAUAUUGAAUAUUUUAUACGUAACAUUGUAAUGUUAACAUUAGAAAAUUAAAAAUAACAUUAAAGGGGAAACGUCCAAAAGGCCCUUAAUGGGUCCAAAGUUGGACGCUGGAUGCGAUAACGGACUAUACUGGACACAGAAUGUACUCUUUGGUUUGUCCGAGAAUCUUUCUAACAUACCCGUUUACUUUAAAUUAUAUCUAAAGUAAUUAUUAUUAUGAUCUACUUACCCAGUACCCACCUUUUGCAUUUAACCAUUGCGAAAGAGCAUCUUAAGCUAUUAGCUCAAUAUACCUACCUAUAAAGUAAUGUACAGUAAAAGCUCAUUAUUCGCGGGGGAUACGUUCUCUUAAUGUGUCGCGAAUACAGAAACCGUGAAUAUGGAAUGGUAUUUUAUAUAGGAUUCUAUGGGAUACGUUCUUAGCUGACAAAAUAAAAAACAAAUAUAUAAAGACAUUUUCGCAAUUUCGGCAAUAGGUAUUUGCAAGUUAAAAUUUUAUUUUUCAGAUUUUACGUCAGUUUCGACAGUCAGAUCCGCGAAUAACGAAAUAUUUAGCCGCGAAUAUAGGAAUUGGGUCACAAUUUUUUAAUCCGCGAAUAGUGAAAACGUGAAUAAAGGAAGCGUGAAUAAGAAGCUUCUACUGUAUUUGAUUUUUAUCCAUUUUACAUAUUGUAGUGAAUAAAAAAUUAAUCAAACAA